AAUGAGGGAUGAAAGUUCAAAAUAGAUGGCCUGUUGCAGUCCCCCUCCCAUCCGCAUGCAGUUGGAUGGAAAAGACCAAGAUCCUUCGUUAUCUAGUUGCUCCAUGCCUGUAUUUACCUCAAGCUAGGCCUUCACCAUUAGUCCAAAAGUUGAAUUUUUUUUAUUGAUUUUCUAUGUUAUUUCUAUGAUGAAGUUCCGCUACUACGCGGUUCCCCGCUCUUUCUUCCUCCCCCUUCAUUGGAUCGCUUCCUCGCCACUGAAUAGAGUUGCAUAGUUGUUUAUGUACCAAAAAAAAAUCCAAUCAACCAAAAAGUCUGACCAGCUAGAUAGGCAGUGAAAAUGGCUGAAAUUGCCAUUCCACUAGCACUGGUGCUAAUUGAAAAUUUCAAGAUUCCCAACCUCAAUCUUUCAAGCGAUGCCAGGGCUGAUGUUAAAAGAGCCAAGACAAUUUUGCGGAGGAUGCGAGCCUAUCUGACGGACUGCUCAUCGAAACAGAUCGGUGAAAGCUCCCAAGUGUUUCAAAAUCAUGCAAAAGAGGUCCAAGAUGAAGUUUACGACAUUGAGGAUGCUCUUUCCAUGUUUUUGGUUAAGAUUCCUCAUCACUACCAUAGCAAUUUAAUCUCUAGAUCUGCUCACAACGCUAAACAUUACCCUUCUGAAUGGAUAGCACGCAUACAGUUGUCGCGCAUGCUCAAACAAAUCGAAGAAAGGUUUCCACCAAAUUUAGAUUCACUUAUUGACCGCCUACAAAUUGCCAACACAGGAUCUGAAGAAGAUAAUAAUAAUUUGGCUUAUCACCAAGUUGUGGAAGAAGAUGAAAUUGUGGGGUUUGAGACGGCUAUCACAAAACUCAUCCAACAGUUGAGAGAAGAAGAAUGUAUCAGUCAAGGGCAUCUCAUGAUUUCAAUUGUUGGUCCUGGUGGCUCAGGCAAAACCACCCUAGUAAAAAAUGUUUAUGAGAGAAGAAGCGUGCAGGCUGCCUUUGAUUGCCAUGCUUUUGUUGAAGUGCCGCGCUCCUUUGAAUUGCGAAUGCUCUUGCUAACCAUGCUGAGAAAAUUUGAAGCCCAAAGUAUGCAGGAACCUGUAGCUGAGCAUCAUCAUCAUCCUGAAGAGAAAUUGAGACAAAUUCUGGAGAAAAAGAAGUAUUUGGUGGUUUUGGAUAAUGUUUGGAGCGAACAAGAUUUGACACGUAUAGUAAAUGCUCUGCCAAAAGGUUUGUCUGGGAGUAAAAUAAUCACAACUACUCGGGACUCUAAUAUUGUAGCCUCUUGGCAUACAAGUUCUGACGAUUAUAUCCAUGAUUUGAGUAACGGAUUAUCCUCCAAAGAAGCCAAUAAACUAUUCUGCAAAAAGGCUUUUCACGGAAAUUGGGACAACUGUCCAAAAGAGCUUGUGGAGUUGGCUCAAAUAAUCAUCAGUGAUUGUGGAGGCCUGCCCCUUGCAAUUUCUACAUUCGGUACUUUCCUAGCUUGGCAGAAGCCACGGAAUUUUGUGAAGUGGAAGAAGUUCCAUGAUAGCUUUGGCUCCAAUCUUCAGAUUGUUAGUCAAGCUUGGGAGCCAAGUUAUAGGGACCUGCCAUACCAUCUCAAAAGUUGUUUGUUGUACUUCAGCAUGUUUCCAGAAGACAACUCUAUCAAGCGUGAGAGGCUAAUUCGCUUGUGGGUAGCCGAAGGAUUUGUGAAGCAAGGAGGGAGAGCCACCAUGGAGGAGGUUGCAGAUGGUUAUCUAAAUCAACUCAUCGGUAGAAAGUUGGUUGAUGUGAGUUCAAGAGAGAUCGAUGGACAAGUAAGGAGUUGUCGUGUUUCCAACCUCGUUUGCAAGUUCAUCAUGUCAAAAGUGGAGGGUUUUGUCACUGUGUUGGAAUCAAGCAACACUCGGGCAAGUACUAGCAGUACUAAUUCAGGUGAGAAAAUCCGACGCCUUUCUGCACAUUAUGUUUCUAUAAAAGAUUUAUUAAGAAGAGGUGGAGAAUUGAAUCAAACACGUACCUUACUAGUGUUUGGCCCUUCCCAGCAGGCUCAAUGUGAUGAGGUUGGAAGGGUACUUAAUACUCUUAAAUAUUUAAGGGUUUUAGAUUUGAAAGGCAUUCCUUUAGAGGACUUUCCAAAAUCUAUUUCUGGUCUCAUUCUCUUAAAGUACAUAAGUAUGAGGAAAACCAAAAUCAAAAGAGUCCCAAGUUCCAUAAACCGGCUUGCUCAUUUGGAAACUUUAGAUCUUAAGCACACCCAGGUGACCAAAUUACCAGAAGAGAUUUAUAAGCUCUACAAUAUGCGCCAUCUUUUAGUGAGUCGUGGCUGUGAUGGUGAUGAUGAUGGACCCGCUCAAGGAGUAGAGAUUUCUGCAGGCAACAUUGGAGCUUUAUCCGAAUUACAAAAGUUGUCACUGAUUAAGGUGGGAAACAACAGAACAAUACUAAAAGCCUUAGCAGAACUAACUGGUCUCAGAAAGUUGGGCUUGACAGAUCUCAUAAUUGAACAUGGAACAGAGUUGUGUUGCGCUAUUGAGAAAAUGGGAAGUCUUUCAACACUUGAAUUGAGAUCAACAAACGAGGAGGAAUAUCUUGAGUUGGAUCAUCAUAUGGAAUCCCCUCCUCGGUCUCUAGAACGCCUCAGUUUGAAAGGGAGGCUAAGAUGUUUGCCGCAAUGGGUUCCCAUGCUUGAUAGUGUAGUGAAGAUUUCCCUAAUGGGGUCAAAACUUGAUGCUGAUGCCAACCCACUCAAGCCCCUUCAAGCAUUGCCGAAUAUGAUGGAGCUUCAUUUGGUUUGCUAUUAUACCGGACAAGUGUUAGAAUUUGAGGCUAAAACGUUCAUGAAGCUAAAGAUAUUAAGUAUCAAACAAUUUGAUCAACUACAUACCAUGAAAGUUGAGUCUGGAGCAAUGCCUAAUCUUAAGAAGGUAACCCUGUCCAAUUGUAAGAGUUUGAAUUUACCUCCACUCGGCAUGGAGGGUCUACGGGAACUCGAGGAACUGUUUCUCCAUGACAUGCCCACUGUACUCAUUGCCAAGCUUCAAAGGGAUGGUGAAGAUCGUCAGGCGGUUGAGCAUAUUCCAGUCAUCCAUUCUUUUAAUCUCAGGACUGGAUUCCAAAAUCUUUCUCAAGCAACAGCGCGGGGGUGAGAAGGGAGGAGAAACUGAAGGCGGCAAUGGCUCGAAAAACUUCAACAAAGUGAAGGACACAAGCCGGCGGAGCGAGUCCACUGCCAUUACUCUUUCAGAUGCUUAUGGUUUUUACCAUAGUAUUUCUUAAAAUAAUGUGUGGAUAAAGCUGAGCUAUAUUGACAUAUUUGUCAGCUGUGUUCGGCUUUAUCUUACACAAUGCAUCAAACAUACUUGACACUUUUUGAUGCAAAAACUAAUUACUUGUUUUGCUUAGUUUGUAAUUAUUUUCAAAUGUUAAAUGUGAGGUGUAUGAGCAUGUACCAUUAAACAUUCAUAAAUAUAUAUGCUUUCAAAGUUUCAAA